GAUAAAAAAUAGUUCUGAAUGGCCAUCACCCGAAGCCAGCUUCAGUUUAAAUGCAUAAGGCGUUGUGUAAUGCAAGUCUGUUAAUUUCGUUUUAAAGCUGAUGUUAAACGAGAGCCUGUAAGCCAGUGUUGAAUUCCGUUUGAAAUGUGUUCAACGGGGAGACUAUCUUUGGUAGUAACUGCUGCUGCUUCAAAACCCAUCUGCAAACACAAUGUCUCUUGGCAAGACUGCUGUCAAGGUGGUACAUUUAGGCAGGAUUUCGUACUGCAAUGCCUUGAAGAUACAGCAGCAGCACAUAAAGCAACAUCUUGAUUCAUUCAGUAACAGCCCAAAUACUUUAUUACUGUGUGAACAUGAACCUGUGUGCACCAUUGGCAUCAGACAGGCCCCGUACCCUCCUGAGGAGGAACAAAGACUGAAAGCCCUGGGUGCAGACUUCUUCCGUACAAACCGAGGAGGUCUAAUAUCUUUCCAUGGGCCUGGUCAGUUGGUGUGCUACCCUGUACUCAAUCUUGGCUGCUUUAAAAAGAGCAUGAGAUGGUACGUGUGUGAACUUGAAAGGACUGUGAUCAGAAUGUGCAGUAAAUUUGGGAUCAAAGCCUCCACUUCACCAGAUACAGGAGUUUGGGUGGGCAGCAAUAAAAUUUGUGCAAUUGGUAUCCAUUGUGGAAGAUACAUAACCUCCCAUGGUUUGGCUCUAAACUGCAAUACAGACAUGAGUUGGUUUGAUAACAUUGUGCCAUGUGGGCUUGUGGGGAAAGGUGUGACCUCACUGAGCCAAGAACUGAGACGGGAUGUCCCAACUGAGGAGGCCAUUCCAAAACUACUUGAAGCCUUCACUGAACAGUUCAUCUGCACUUAAACAUACAGUGAUCAAUUAAAACAAAGACAUGUUUAAGAAUAUCUACUUCACUGUAAAUGGUAGUGGCUUAAUUAAAAGUAUAUGAAAAUCUG